AAGUAUGAUGAGGGACGAGAACGCGCACACCAGGAUAUCGAUUUCAAAGACGAACGGAGCAUAGGCAAUAGACUCGCUGCUGCCAUCAAGCACUCGCGUAGCGAAGGAUCAAUAUUCCUCCUCGCAGAUCCUAACAUCAGUCCUCUUGGACCAGCCACUUCUCAUGGGAAUGAGCCCUCCAAAGGAGCCGAGGUAGAUGCAGAA